GUGGGGGAAGAUGGCGGCGGUGGCGCGGCUGUGGCGGCGCGGGGUGCGCGGCCCCGGUGUGUCUGGCGCCGGGCGGUUUUUCAGCCGUGGGCCAAAUGUGCUACAUCAAGACAGCAGUGCACCACAAGCUGCAUUCUUCUCACCUCUUCAAAAAGUGAUGUUGCCACCAAAUACCUUCCAAGGGAAAGUGGCCUUUAUAACUGGUGGAGGUACUGGGCUUGGCAAAGGGAUGACAACAGCUUUGUCCAGUUUAGGUGCCAAGUGUGUUAUAGCAAGCAGGAAGCUGGAUGUUUUGAAAGGAACAGCAGAUGAAAUUUCUUCUAAAACAGGGAAUAAGGUUCACGCCGUCCAGUGUGAUGUGAGAGAUCCAGCUUCAGUUAAGAAUGCUGUUGCUGAAACAAUCCAAGUGGCAGGACAUCCUGAUGUUGUGAUAAACAAUGCAGCUGGAAACUUUAUUUCCCCUUCUGAACGACUUUCUGCUAAUGCCUGGAAAACAAUAACUGAUAUUGUACUUAAUGGUACUGCUUUUGUAACUCUGGAAGUUGGAAAGGAGCUCAUUAAAGCACAAAAAGGAGCGGCAUUCCUGGCUAUUACAACAAUUUAUGCAGAGAGUGGUUCAGGAUUUGUGUUGCCAAGUGCCUCUGCCAAAGCUGGUGUAGAAGCAAUGAGCAAGUCUCUUGCGGCUGAAUGGGGUAGAUAUGGCAUGAGAUUCAAUGUGAUUCAACCAGGUCCAAUAAAAACAAAGGGUGCUUUUAGUCGCCUUGACCCAACAGGUACAUUUGAGAAGAAGAUGAUUGAGAGGAUUCCCUGUGGUCGUCUGGGUACUGUAGAAGAAAUUGCAAAUCUUGCUGCCUAUUUCUGCAGUGACUAUGCAAGCUGGGUUAAUGGAGCAGUUAUCAGAAUGGAUGGUGGAGAGUAUGUUUCUAUGGCAGGAGAAUUCAAUGAUUUGAAGAGGGUUACCAAAGAGCAGUGGGAUAUGAUGGAAGCAAUGAUUAGGAAAACAAAAGGCUCCUAAAGUACAUAACUUUAUGGUGGAGAUUCUUGGAAAUGAACCACUACUUUUUUAUUAAUAUUUAGAAAUAACCAAUUGUGAAAUAGCCUUCAAAAUCUUUUUUAUGCUAAUUUCAAUAAAAUAUUUUGAAAUUGUUGUAUUUUGAAUAUAGUUUGUAUAUUUUUCUAGUCUAAAACCUAUUCUGUUGCCAAUAGUGAACAACAGUUGGUCACUAAUAUUUUUUCUUUAGACUGUCUUACAUAGCCAUGCCAUGGUCUACAAUCAGCCUUUUUUUUUAAUCUUUCUGAGGAUUUUUUUUCCUCAGAUAUAUAUACAAGUGUCUCUUAGUAUUGUAAUACCAGUAGCAUUUCAGUGCUGUCAUAACUGAAUGUAAUCAUUAAUGUGAAGAGAGAAACAAAAUAUUCAAUCGUAAUUUUCACACUUCAAUAAAAAGUGCAAAACUUGAAAAUGCAGUUUCACGUUAUUAGCAGGACUUCAUACACUGAGAAAGGAAGUAACUCCUGAGGUUACUUAGGAAAUCUUGAAAUGCAUAACCCGUCUCGGUCUUAUCUUUUCUGACAUUUUCAGUCUGUUAAUUAUCUUAUUCUGAACUUUAAAAAUGCCAUUUACAGACCUGCAGGGCCUUUCUAAGGAGCUUGCUCUUUGUCAUAAUGGAAGUUAAUGUUCUUGAAAAUGAGAAACCAAAAAUCAUUUCUUAUUCCAUGUGUGUGACUAUGGCAGCUCUCCAUAAAAAGUGGUUUAUUUAAGACUAUUAAGGGGAUGUUGGUAAAUUGGGACUGAAAGUGUUGAAACCUCAUUUGUUGAAAUGUACAAAAAAUCCUUAGGUUGCGUUUGCAUUCACAGGCUGGUACUAAAGAAAUAUUUAGAUGGCAUUACCUUUGAAUCUGGUCAGUUUAUCCAUCCCAGAUAAGCAGGUGAUAAAAACGUUGCUCUCCCUCUUUUAUCCAAAUUUGGAGAGUUGGGAGAUUUUGUCCCUCAUGCCUCAGACAAUGUCUGGAAUUCUUCAAAGGAAUUAUCAGCCUCUGGCCUUUACAACCUGAAAUUAAUGCCUUUUUUUUGUUUUUGGUUUGGUUGGUUGGUUGGUUGGUUGGUUUGUUUUUUAUGUGCUUUGAGACUGAUACAGUGCUUUAAGAGUCAGGACUAUAGAAUCAAUUUAAGGAUGUCUUCCUUCAGGUGCUGGUGGCAGUCAUGUAUUUUCCCAAAUAAUCCAGGAUAUACUUAACAUAUGCCAACAUCUGACUUUGAAGUCACUUGAUUGCCUUAUUACAAAUCUGAAGCAAGCUGUGUUCUGCUGAAAGUGUGGACUGUUUUAGUGCAGGCUUCCAUGUGCCUUUCUCCUGUGAGUGACCACUAGCUACUGAUAGUAAAACAAAUCAACUGAGUUAUUGUAGCAGCCUUUAAGAUGUUCUUGAGCAUAAUAUAAAGCUUUUUUAUGGUAACUUGGGUUUGAUAGGUGUGUUGUCAACAUCAAAUUCUGGCAAGAGAGAUCUUUUCCCCAAAAAGUGAUAUAAUUGAGAAAUUAGGCCCAUAUAUACUGUUUCCUGCUUGUCAUCCUUUGCAUAUAUUGUCUUCUUGUAUGCGACACAGUUGCAUGUAAGACUUUGACAUUUGAAAAAAAGUGCUUCAGAAAAAAAAUCAAAUGUAUGUGAGAUGUGGUAACACCAAGUAUUUCUCUGGAGUGUCCAGUAGGUUGUCCUCUGGUGACAGGCUGUCAAUAAAAAUAUGUUCUUACCA